CAACUGUGUAAAACCACAGAUCCCAGAUCGAAUGAGAAAGCAUAGUUGAUUUACAUAACGACCGCUCUGCUUCUUUUCCUUACACCCCACCUUCGAAGGAGAAAGUGACAAAAAUGUCGGCCCUCACUCUAUAUCGCGCCAAUGGCGUUAGCUCUUUUAUUCCUCAUGUUCUUUUAAAGGAAUUGAUGAUUCCUUUCACCCCAGUGAUCAUGCAGUCAGGACCCAAUAGGUGGGAAGCUGCUGACGGCAGCCUCGAUAACACCAACUAUCGCAAUAUCCACCCCCAAGGCUAUGUUCCAGCAUUGCAAGUGGAUGGUGUAAUAAUCACAGAACUUCCGGCAAUAAUUACAUAUAUAGCAUCAUCAUCUACCGGCAAAACCAACCUUCUUGGUGACGACAAAAUUGAGCGCGCUAAGGUUGUCGAAUGGAUGGCCUGGCUCUCUGGCACUGUUCAUGCUCAGGGCGUUUCUAUGUAUUUUCGGCCAGAGCGAUUCACAGAUGAUUUAUCUCAAUAUGAAUCCGUUCGUUCGAAGGGAAAAGCAGCAGUCUUGAAAGGGCUGCGACGAAUUGAUCAGAAUCUGGAAGGAAACGUGCAUCCGGUUGGUGUUAAUGAGACCGUGGUCGACUUCAUUCUUCCAAUGUUUUGGUACUCGUCAAUGAGAAUUGGAAUUCCAAAUUUGCAGGAGACCUUCCCGCACCUCAGCAAUUUAGUCAAGAAGAUGGAGAAAAAGGCAUCGUUGAGAGAAGCGGCGGAGUUGGAAGGACUAGAGCUUUAUUUCGGGUAAUUUAGCGAAACACAUUAUCAAUAUUUGAUUGGAAUAGAGCUGAGAGUCA